AUGGCGAAGAAUCUUCAAAAGCUGCCCGCAUAUCUCACCCGUCUUUUCAGUUUGGCAGGCAGAACCGCUGUCGUCACGGGAGGUAGCUCAGGCAUCGGCAAGGAAAUCGCCCUCGCGCUGGGUCAGUCUGGGGCAAAGGUCAUACUCAUCGCUCGCCGCGACUCACCGCUCGCGUCAACGGUCGAACAACUCAAACAACUCGGUGUACCUGCGGCGUCGAUAUCAGCAGAUCUCGCGCAUCUAGCAGAUCUCAACCACGCCAUUUCCCGAAUCAAGACUGCGUAUGGCGUGCCAGACAUCCUCGUCAACGCAGCCGGGGUCUCUCAUCGCCCUCCCAUGUCACACAUCACGCAAGGAGAAUGGGACUUCACGAUCGCCGCAAAUCUUACCGCGCCGUUCGCUCUGGGGCAGGCUUUUGGUCCAGGAAUGGCAAAGAGAGGAAGCGGGCGCAUUAUUAACGUCGUGAGUCAACAGGCGUUCCGCGCGUUCGGGAACAGUGGGGCGUACGGCGCCGCGAAAGGAGGGUUGGUCGCGCUCACGAGGUCGCAGGCGGAGGCCUGGUCACGGGGUGGGGUUCUCUGCAAUGCUAUCGCGCCGGGGGUUGUGGAGACGUCCAUGACGGCGGAGGUUCUUGCGGAUCCGGAGAAGGCGGAAGCUCAUGCGGCGAGGACUAUGAUCGGACGGAACGGCGUGGCCGAGGACUUUGCGGGUGUUGCGGUUUGGCUGGCGAGUGAUGCUAGCGCAUCGGUGACGGGACAGACAAUCUUUGUUGAUGGAGGAUACUCGGCCACUUGA